AGCAGUACACCCUCCUAUAGCAGUAAACCCUCCUAUAGCAGUACACCCUCCUAUAGCAGUACACCCUCCUAUAGCAGUAAACCCUCCUAUAGCAGUACACCCUCCUAUAGCAGUACACCCUCCUAUAGCAGUACACCCUCCUAUAGCAGUACACCCUCCUAUAGCAGUACACCCUCCUAUAGCAGUAAACCCUCCUAUAGCAGUAAACCCUCCUAUAGCAGUACACCCUCCUAUAGUAGUACACCCUCCUAUAGUAGUACACCCUCCUAUAGUAGUACACCCUCCUAUAGCAGUACACCCUCCUAUAGCAGUACACCCUCCUAUAGUAGUACACCCUCCUAUAGUAGUACACCCUCCUAUAGCAGUACACCCUCCUAUAGCAGUACACCCUCCUAUAGCAGUACACCCUCCUAUAGCAGUACACCCUCCUAUAGCAGUACACCCUCCUAUAGCAGUACACACUCCUAUAGUAGUAAACCCUCCUAUAGCAGUAAACCCUCCUAUAGCAGUAAACCCUCCUAUAGCAGUACACCCUCCUAUAGCAGUACACCCUCCUAUAGCAGUACACCCUCCUAUAGCAGUACACCCUCCUAUAGCAGUACACCCUCCUAUAGCAGUACACCCUCCUAUAGCAGUACACCCUCCUAUAGCAGUACACCCUCCUAUAGCAGUACACCCUCCUAUAGCAGUACACCCUCCUAUAGCAGUACACCCUCCUAUAGCAGUACACCCUCCUAUAGCAGUACACCCUCCUAUAGUAGUACACCCUCCUAUAGCAGUAAACCCUCCUAUAGCAGUACACCCUCCUAUAGUAGU